UUUGAUUUGCGUGAGCAUCAAUGGCGAAGGAGCAGGUAGAUAGAGCAGAGCCGCCUCCUCCUCCUCCUGUAGUGAAUGACAGUAACAAAUCUCGACAAAUCGCCGAACACCUUGUGUUUCUAGCUUUCUUGAUGGAACGAUGCACCGCAGCCAUGUGGGUGUUGUCGAUCUAUUUGGUUCCCCCACCAGACGUUUGGGCCAGACAAUUGUCUGCGGCCGCCGGCCUUCUUAUUUUCUCCAACUCUCUCUACCUCAUCUCACUGCUCUCCUCACUUCUAAAGAUGGCUGCCGAUCAGUAUGAUGCAAAUGCAAUAGAAGUUGCAGUAAUCGGAGCCGUGACAUUAGUGAUAGCUACCUGUGUUGCAAUCAUUGAAACUUUAAGAACUGGGAGCCUUAUCAGAGGCGUGACUUCAGUGAUAAUUAUUGGGGUUGUAGUACUUGGAGCCGCACUCAUAGCGGAAGAUGAAAGGAAGAAUCAAAUAGAAAAGGAAAAUACCGGACAACAGGAAUCUAAACUUGAUUUUAGCUCGAAGGAAUCAAAGGAAGAAGUGCAAGCAAAAGAAGAUGAAAAGAACGAGAAAAUAGACGAGGAAUUAACCAGACAACAGAAAGCUAAACUCGACGUUAGUUUGAAGGAAUCGAAGGAAGAAGUAAGGAGGCGGAGUAGUUGUAGUAGUGAAGAAUUCCAGAGCUUGGAAGCUAAAUAUGAUGCCAAGUACGAAAACCUACUUCAAAAAUACUUGGAUAGGUGCCAUGGAUGGGAGGAAGGGAGAAGCCAACUGAUGAAGGAGCUUGGUGCUGCUAGGGCAUCAUCUGAAAUCUACAGAGAGCUACUUCAUGGUUCAGAUGAUUUUUAACCUUAACAAUUAAUUUGCAUGCUUAAUUAGUUGCUUACUAAAGUACCACUUUUUUGCAUCUUCUUGUUCUGCUCAAUUUAAAUAAAGG